AUGGCGUCUCCAAAUGAGGUGAAGCUCUCAGAGCAGCAGUCUAGCAACAGCAACCCUACAACGCCAACCUCUCCCGUGGUGGUGGAGUUUCCAAGCGCAGAGAUCGCUGGGGACCAAGCUCAAGAGGAAGAUGAGGCAGCAGUCCUGACUCCGAUGGCAGAUGCUUCCGACACGGAGAACCGCCAUUCUGAGCAGGUUCGAGGCGACACCAAUCGAUUGGUCUCUGACACCGCAGUGAUGGUCAUAUCAGCUGAAGCCAUAAAUCCACAACAACGGGCUCUUACGGAGGCUACCGAAGCGGUCCCUCCUCAUCGGAUUUCGAGCAAUUCAGAUGACCUAGGUGCCGAUGACGCAGACCAAUCAGACUUUAAUGACGAAGAAGGCUCUGAUACUGAUCAGGAUGGAAUCUGGGAUUCGAUUGAUCUAGAACCAACGGCUCCCACGGGUGAGCAAGGCGGGAACUGUAUCGCUGGCCAUGGAGAGGCUCCCAGUUCCUUGAUCCGAGAGGGAAGCACCAGCAUUGUUGACAAUAUGGAAGAAUACGUCAUCGAUGGCCCAACAAUUAUCGAGGGUGUGUUAAUCGAGGAUUCAGAAGACGACCGAAGGACACCAGCUUUGAUUUCUUCUGAGCGCAGUGUGUGUGACGAUCAUAGGCCCAUAACACCCACUGCAACUGGAUUUUGCCAUGACGAUGGAGAACAUGGCACCUCAGAGGUAGGCACGCCAGCUGGCUCUGACCAUGGCGACGAAGAGACUAGGGGCUCAGUGACGGUUACUUCAGCUGGUGCUGACAAUGGUAACGGAGAGAGUAGCAGCUCAGUGAUACCCGCUUCAGCUAGCCCUGACCAUGGUGAUGUGGAGAGCAGAGAACCGGAAAUGGCCAUGCUAGUGGGCUCCGAGCAAGCUGGUGAAAUGAAUGACGGUUCAGUAUAUGCUAGUGCUGCUUCCGAAGGUACCCCAGCUCCCAGCCAGGAGAAUGAUAUCCCAGACGAAUCAAGCUCGCCAAUGAAAGCAACUCCAAGUAACACCACCGAGGGAGGAGAGAACCAAGAAACCGCAGCCACACCAGCCGAUGACGUUGGAGAAAUCGCAAGCCAAGCUGAUACGGAGACCGAUCAUGGCCAUGAGGUCGACUUGCUUGCCCCGGAGAUCCCUGAAUCUCCUUUACCCCCAACACUGCCGCUCGGUGGAGGUUCCAAUCUCUUUGACAUUGGAGAGGGAGAGGUCCAAGAACCCGCAACCGCGCCGACCCAAGAGCGUGAAGACGAAACCGCAAGCCAAGCUGAUCUGGAAUUCGAUCAUAGCCAAGAGGAGGUCAUCCUGCAUGCCUCUGAGAUCCCCGAAUCUCCUUUGCGGCCAUCAUCGCCGCUCGGUGAAUAUCUUGACGAGGGAGAGGCAGCACCUAACCCUGUGGCUCGAGUUUCCAUGCUCACCGGAUAUCGGAGACCAGAAGGAAGGGGCCUCAAUGCUGGUGACAACACAGAACGCCACAUUGGUGAAAUCACUGAGGAUGUCGGCAACGAUGAAGCCGACCAAGGAGCGUCCCAAGAUCCAAACCCCACCAACCAAGACCAACCAAUUACAGACGUACGCGACAAGGACGCGGAGACCGUUCAUCUCAGGAUCCAAUAUCUCGUCGAACGCUCCAAACGUUGCAAAGCCAGCAUAUGCAUCCAUGUCCUUUCUACCAUUACCUACCGGUCUCUCGAACGAGUAAUCUUGGACGCUCUUCGUCAGCACGGAGAGUUUAAGAAUCCGCACCCCAUUUACGCUGACGCGCAGAUCUCUCGUCUAAUAGCCGUCUUGACCGAGAAGACGGUCGAUACGCCCGGAUUUUGCAGGGAAAGGGAGCUUACAGAUGAGAAUCUGCAGAGCACUUUAGAGCUCAUGACCAAUAGGAGCAUCUACGAUGUUGUGAAGGUGCAAUUUGUACCGGGGACGAAUGGCGAAGUGAGGCCUAGGAAGGCGACUGGAAAGGUUAUGGAAGAUCUCGAAAAGUCGGUGGGCUCUGAAGACAGCGAGGCGAGGCCAGGAUAG